AUGAAACUAGCGACUGCAUUCGAUGUCUGGUUCUACGCAUUUUGUGAGAACGGGCAGGAUGUACCACCAACGAUACAGUUCGCGGUCGAGCGGGAAUCGGGUAGGAAACCGAACACCGAUACUCCACGAAUUCCGCUACCCGAUUCCGUGCUCGGCUAUUUCCCAUCCGAUGCCGUUCGCAUGCCUCUAUUGGGGUUCUUAAAAGAAUAUUUCACACGCUUCGACACGCAACCCCGUGGGGAAAAUAUCCUCUCCUACUACACCUCUUGCUCUCGAUUCGUCAUAUCCACAUCGACGGAACCUCGCUGCGGUCCCGUCCAGCAUGGCUCCAGUCCCCACACAAAUACGGCAGCCACAGCAAGAAUCGAAACCGUGGCCGCUGACGGCACUGUGGUGAAAAUUUUUUUGACNACAAAUCGCCUCUCACCGCAGUACUUCGCACGCAGUCGCAAUUUGCUUCGUUGUCGCGACGAGUAUCGACGUCGGGAUUUGGUCACUUGCGGUCCGGUCUCGAUCGCUGCAUUCCUAGACGAGUUGCCAGCAACCGAGCAUCCACUGGAGUCGUUCACAGUCGAUGUCAUAUUUCAUUCAGACACGCAAAUUCUGUUCACUGUGACAGGUGUGUUCUAUGAGGUCCAUUCGGUCACUCCUGCCAGCGGUGGAUCAAACGCUCAGGCUAGUCCGGUACAGAAAACCGUACGCAAAACGUUGCGCUGUUUCUCACGCACCAUGAUCUUGGUCGCUCCGGGUGGACACAUAAUUCAAGACGAUCUGAUCGUUUCUAAUCCCUCUCCUUUAUUGUGCAAGCGUUAUAUAUCGGAGGUAGCCGCAAAAGCACAGUCGUCUUCUGGUACCGGUAACGCAACGUCUUCUUCAUCCACAGCCGUCCAACCGACCGUAUCCACUGGACUCGUGCCACCGAACCCGGCUACACAAGUGGUCGUUCUAAAUGAAAUGCGGGCACGUUCGGGAAUGAAUGAAGCUUUUGCUCGUCAGUGUUUGGAUGAGUAUGCAUGGAAUCUGGACCAGGCAUUGAAUGCAUUUCAUGCUCUAAAUUCGGCUGGGAAAAUUCCGCCAAACGCCUUCACCUAA